ACCAUAAACAAAAGCUAUGUUUCGUUCAUUUGCCUUUCACCAUAGCCAAGCUCAGUUGAUAACUUUCACAUUUAAGUCAAACUAAAACUAAAUGAAAAAUGGCGGGUGAUGGCCACAUGGAAGGCGACAUCUCUGAUUUUGCACGAGAGAUGAAAAAGUUGGUGAACAGCAAAGACCACAGUGACAUUCGAUUUGUGAUCGGGCCUAACCGGAAAAACAUUUAUGCUCACAAAUGUAUACUAGCUGCACGCUGCCCUGUCUUUGGGGCCAUGUUUGCUGACCAGUCGCAGAAAAAUGGAUCUCCAGAGAAAGACGUUCCCUUUGUACUCUCUGAUAUGUCCCCGGAUGUCUUCUUGUCUGUUCUUGAAUUUAUCUACACAAACUGUGUCACACUCAAAAAAGAUUCUGCAAUAGAUGUAUUGGCCACAGCUUUAGAAUAUGGACUUGAUGAACUUAGAAAGGUGUGUGUGGACUACCUGGUGAAGCAGCUGACUUGUGAUAAUGUGUGUGAGGUCCUACAGGCAGCUGUGACAUAUAGCCAAGACAACCUGAGGGAGCAAGCACUGGUUUACAUUGAACGCAACACAGCAACAGUGCUAAAGUCAAAGUCAUUCAGUGAGUUAGGCGAGGAAGCCUUGUCAGCCAUUUUGAUGCGUGACAAUCUGGAUAUAGAUGAAAUGGAUAUCUUCCUGGCUGUGAAGGAAUGGGCAAAUGUCAAUUCAGUGGUUUUGUCCAAGCCUCUGUGUGAAGUUACAAAGUCAGUGGUGAAACAUGUCAGAUUUCCACUUCUUUCCCCGGAAGAACUGGCAAAACUGGAGGAAGAAAACAAGCGGGACAAAAUCAUUCCUAUGGAAUGUUUCUCAUACGCCUGGAAAUUUCAUGCUCUCAAAAAAGUUGAAAAGGGAUGUCCACUAACAACUAGACGGAGAGGAACACUGAAGAGAGAGUCACACAGUAGCUUGGACAAGUCCUGAAUGGCAGAACCUGUAUCCUGUGAAUACAUUAAAUUUCUGUUUUUGCUUUCAACCAUUUACAACUUCUGUGCAGAUGGUUUGAAACUAUGACACUCUGCCCCAGUACUCUACACUUUGGGGGUAGAGGCAUCUUCAGGAUUCUCAUUGUUUGAACCAUAUGAUGGGUUCUUCUGGGAAACAAACUAACUCUUCAUAAAUCUUAUGCCAUGAAGUUUUUAUUAUGGUCUCAAAAUGUCUGCAGAGCCUUGGAGUAAUUUCUUGCCCACUGUUGAACCAAACUGUCUUUAGAAUGUGGUUUGGGGUAUGUUCUUACCCAUUAUAAAACCAAAACCUUGUCAGGAUGUGGAUUCGAUCUAUGCGUCAAAAUAGAAAUUCAUAUACAAGCCAUCAACCAAAAUGGGUGUUCUGGGUCAAUAAUCAGAUACCAAUUCCCAAAUACUAGUAGACCAAAACCUCUUUAGAAUGUGGCUCGGAGCAAAGUUUUUACCUACUAUUGCUCUGAAACUUCUUAAGGAUGUGCUUAGAAGCAAAGUUGUUACCUACUAGUGGACCAAAACCUCUUCUUGUAUGUGUCUUGUAACUCAGCUCUUACCCACUAUUGGACCUGAUCAGUAUUAACAUAUAAUACCUCUGAAGACUGACUAAUGAACGGAAGUCUCUGCAUGAUAUGGAUAGGAGUGACAAUCUUACCUUGAGACAAACACCUGCUCAGGAUAUCGGUUUGGGUGAGAUCUCACAAACUACAUGUACAUGUAAAUGAGACCAAAACUCUUUCGGUAUACAUGGUUGAGCAUGGGUCUUGACCACUAAGCAAAUAGAACCUAAAAAUAACAAUCUUAGAGUCAGAGUGACUUCUGACACAUAUCUGUUUGUAUAUUUGUGGCUGUGGUUGUGCAUUCGAAACCUCCUUAGAUUUUUGACUAAAAGACAUUGACACCCGUUUUCUCAAGUAAUAUGGGCACAGAGAGUUCUAACCCACCUUGGUCAUUCCAGCAUUUUAUAGUUGAGAUCAAGUACUAAUAAUUAUUGUCAUACUGUCCAAUUCAUUUGGCUAAUUCAGCUAUUUGGGUCACAGACUAGGAUGCAGGUAUGGAUAAUUAGAGAAUCGCAUUAAAUCAAGAGGUUUGUCAAGUACCUGGCGAAAGGUGGUGAUUUAGGUUGAGUAUUCCGAUUUGUUCCACCCAUUAAACCUGGCCACAAUCAUACGUUAAAUUAAGAAUUAAGUGAUAAGUUGUAAAAAAAAAUAAUUAAUCCCAGAAAAUAGACAUAAAGUUAUGAGUUAAGUCUCCACCAAAAUGAAAGCACAUUUGUGAUAUCUGGGAAUUACCGACACCCAGACAGUAUGUAUUUUUAUGAUAAAGAUUACCGAAGGAUAUGUAAUAUAACAUUUGCUUAUUUAUGUCAGACUUGAUAGUUUUGUGUUUUGAGUCAUUUUACAGUUAUUCCUUACAUUAUACGGGAAACAGUAGCAGAAAUCUGACUGAAUCGGCACGUACCCAGUGGGUCUUAUGA